CGCGCGCUCUGCGGUUGCCUCUUGACUGCGGGCCCGCCCACCUCGCGCGGUUGUCGUGGAGAGGGACGCCGAGGCGACGCCACGACAGCCAGGUCCUGUCAGUGGACGCGGACUAGAGACCCUUGAUUCGGCCACCUCCAGGGCGAGCCCCACAGAGUCCCAUCCUGCCUCCUCGCCCGCGUGAGAGUCCACAGAGUCUCUGCGGACGCCACCAGGAUGUCCGCCGAGACGAGAGCACCAACCUCAGCCUCACCCAGGACCCCGCGUCCCGGGAUCCAGAAGUCGUCCGGUGCAGUGACCAAGAAGGGGGAUCGCGGGGCCAAGGAGAAGCCGGCGACCGCCCUGCCGCCAGUGUGCGAGGAAGAGCCCAAAAAUCCUGAGGAGUACCAGUGCACCGGCGUCCUGGAGACAGACUUCACCGAGCUCUGCACACGGUCGGGCUACACGAAGUUCCCCAAAGUGGUCAUCCGGCCCUACCCGCACUCGCCCUCCGACUCCUCCUCCGUGUCGUCAAAGACCACCGUAGACGAUCAGCUGCUGUCGAGAUCCUGCAGCCUCAACAGCUUAGAGAGCAAAUAUGUGUUCUUCCGGCCCACCAUCCAGGUGGAGCUGGAUCACGAGGACAACUCCUUGACGGAAAUCUACAUCCGCGGCUGGAAGCUUGAGGAGCAGAUCCUGGGUAUCUUCUCGAAGUGUCUGCCCUCUCUCAGCCAGCUGCAGGCCAUUAACCUGUGGAAGGUGGGGCUGACCGAUAAGACUCUGACCAUGUUCAUCGCCCUCCUGCCUCUCUGCUCAUCCACGCUCAGGAACGUGUCUCUGGAGGCGAACCCCUUGCCGGAGCAGUCCUAUCACAAGCUUAUGGCAGUGGACAGCACGAUCGCGCACCUGUCUCUGCGGAACAACAACAUCGACGACUACGGGGCGCAGCUCCUGGGCCAGGCUCUGUCCACGCUGCACAGCUGCAACCGCACCCUGAUGUCGCUCAACCUGGCUUUCAACCACAUCGGGGACGAGGGCGCGGGCUAUAUCGCCGACUAUUCUGCCUUAGAAACUACUGAGAUGGUCAAUCCUCUCCUGGAACCUGUGGAGCACCGGGAUGGGAAAGUUUUCAUGCCUGGAAACAAGGUCCUUUCCCACCUCAACCUUCUCAGAAACUGCAUCACAGAGGUGGGGCUGGAGGCCUUCCUCACCACAGUGCAGUAUCAGGCGCAGUUCUUCAAGUCCAAGACAGCAUUCAAGGGCCCUGUGGGACCGCUGUGGCUGUGCCUGGAGAAAAACUGCUUCUCCCCACAAUGUCCUGCGUACAUCAUGAUCCAGAAGCUGAUGCUGACCAGCGACCCCAACAGUAAGGCCAAGCACAGGGAGGAGGCAGCCACCACUGCCUCCACCUAGCCCCAGGCCCCCACCUUCUUCCUGGAGAUUCUGGGCCAUGGAAGCAUCUCCUUUCCAUGUGUGGACUGGACCUCCGUGGGGAGAUCUCGGAUCAUUAAUAAA